AUGAAUAGAACUCUAGUUGUGAGAGUUAGGUGCUUGCUUUUAGAGGCUAAACUUCCAAAUACAUUUUGGGCGGAAGCACUUAAUACUGUUGCUUACGUUAUCAAUUUGUCUCCUGCUGUUGCUUUGGAUGGUGAUGUCCCAGACAGAGUUUGGUUUGCCAAAGAUGUUUCUUAUGAUCACUUGAGAGUUUUUGGGAGUAAAGUUUGUGUGCAUGUUCCUAAAGAUGAGAGAUCGAAACUUGAUGUCAAAACUAAGCAGUGCAUCUUUAUCGGUUAUGGUCAAGAUGAGUUUGGGUGUCGUUUUUAUGAUCCUACUAUUGAAGAUAUUGACAAAGCUGAGAAGAUAGAUUCUCUGAGUAAUGAGAGCUUAGUUUAUAUUGAUCUAGUUUCCAUUGCUAAGGCACCUAUUGCACAUGAACGAACCCAAAACAAUAAUGAAGAUACUGAUCAAGUUCAAAAUGAUCAUCAUGGUGUAGAUGUUAUGGAUGCUCCAGUUGAUGAAGUUGUGGUUGAUCAGCAACCAAAUCCUGCUCAGAUAUCUUCUAUUCGUGUGGUUCUAGGCUUAGCCGCUAGUCUAGAUUUAGAGGUUGAGCAAAUGGAUGUAAAGACUGCUUUUCUUCAUGGUGAUUUAGAUGAGGAGAUUUAUAUGGAGCAGCAUGAGGACUUCAUAGAUAAGCAUGUCUUUUGCAGAAAAUUGGCAGCAUUUAAAGAAGGCCAACAAGUUCAUAAGCAUGUAAUACAAUCUGGGUUUGGAUCAAACCCCUUUAUUCAAACCUCAUUGUUGAAUUUAUACGCUAAAUGUGAGGAGAUUGGGUUGGCGGAGAAAGUGUUUGAUGAAAUUCCUGAGAGAAAUGUGGUUGCUUGGAGUGCAAUGAUUAGUAGGUAUUCGAGACUUGGGAUGGUGAAUGAGUCUUUAAGUUUGUUUAGGGAAAUGCAGAAGACUGGUGUUUCGCCUGAUAAGGUGACGAUGGUGAGCGUGAUUUCGGCUUGUGCUAUGUCUGGGGAAUUAGAUUUGGGGAGGUGGGUGCAUGCUUAUAUUGACAGGAGAUUGAUUGAGAAUGAUCUUGAGCUUAGUACUGCGCUUGUUAACAUGUAUGCAAAGUGUGGAUGCAUUGAGAAGGCGAUUGAAGUAUUCGAAGCGAUGCCUGUUAAAGAUGCCAAGGCGUGGAGCUCAAUGAUAGUUAGCUUGGCAAUCAAUGGGCUCGCAGAAUAUGCAUUGGUGACGUUUUCCAGGAUGGACAAAGCUAAGGUGGAACCUAACCAUGUGACACUAGUUGGGGUUCUUAUGGCAUGUGCUCAUAGUGGACUAGUUUUUGAAGGGAAAAAGUAUUGGGCAAGCAUGAUUGAGUCUGGUAUUGAGCCAUCUUUAGAGUACUAUGGCUGCAUGGUCAAUCUGUUAAGCCGUUCAAACUUAAUUGAUGAAGCUUAUUCAUUUGUCGAAGCCAUGCCACUCACCCUGUGUCCAGCAAUAUUGCGCACAUUACUUGUUGGGUGCAAAAAGAACAAGAUCUUGGACAAAGGUGAAAUUCUCGGCCAGCAUCUCAUUGAAUUAGAGUCGUCGAAUGCAGAGAACUAUAUCCUACUGUCUAGUUUGUAUGCAUCGGGUAUCAAACUGGGAAAAAAUGCGCCACGUGAGAAAAAUUCACCUUUUUUUCUGGAGGAUCGUAAUACUGCUCCGUUUCUUCGUCUCGAAAAGGAUACGGCUAUGAGACCCCUGACAAGUGAUGAAGAAGCUUUACUGCCUAUCUCGAAACCGAUGAAAGUGAUUAAGAGAAAAAGGGCCUCGAACUCCGAGGGUCAAGAACCCAAGAAGAGAAAGACCCGUAAACCUAAGGGAAACACAAUCCCACUGUCUAUGGAGUCAGUACAAAGACUAAGGGAUAAAGAAGAUGAAGGUGAUUCUGGGCUGAUGGCCCAUGCAUGA